UAGGUUAAAAGUAUGGUAUCUAACGAAAUUAUGAUUUCGGGAACCAUAGGUACAUCCAUAUAUAUCUUCGUCUUCUGGUGCAAGUGCUUCCGACAAAAGAAUACACGUUUGGAAACCAAUCCUGCACAUCGUUCAAUACAUAAACUUAAAGAAGACAAACAAACCCAAACAGAAACCGGUAAUACCUGUAAGAAAUCCAAUGAAAUCCGGAUAGACUUCAUCGCUGAAGAGAAGAAUCCCAUCGCUGAUGACAAAAAUGACAAAAGCGAACAUCCUUCUCAGAAAAGUAAACGUAUCAAUAUGGUCACACAGUGUGAGCUCCAUAAAAUGGGAAAAAUUAUCAACAGUUCCAACUUGUUAACAAAGUAUGAUCCCCCUGAAGCAGAACAAUGUAUAAGCAGUUCCGACAUGUUCACACACUGUGAACCACCAGAAGUAGAACAAUGUAUCAGCAAAUCCGACAUGUUCACACAGUGUGAUCCAUCUGAAGUAGAACAACGUAUCAGAACUUUCGACAUGUUCACACAGUGUGAUCCCCCUGAAGAAGAAGAACGUAUCAGAACUUUCGACAUGUUCACACAGUGUGAACCACCUGAAGUAGAACAACGUAUACGCAGUUCCGACAUGUUCACAGAGUGUGAUACUCCUGAAGUAGAACAACGUAUCAGAACUUCCGACAUGUCAACACUGUGUGUGACCGAAAUGUUCACACAGUGUGAGCCCCAUAAAGUAGAACGACGUAUCUGCAAUUCUGAAAUGUUCAAACAGUGUGAGACCGACAUGUUCACACAGUGUGAUCCUUAUGAAGUAGAACAACGUAUCAGAACUUCCGACAUGUUCACACAGUUUGAUCCCCCUGAAGUAGAACAACUCAUCAGCAAUUCCGACAAGUUCACACAAUGUGAACCACCUGAAGUAGAACAACUUAUCAGAACUGCCGACUUGUUCACACGGUGCGAUCCCCCUGAAGUAGAACUCAUUAGCAAUUCCGACAUGUUUACACAGUGUGAACCACCUGAAGUAGAACAACGUAUCAGAACUUCCGACAUGUUCACACAGUGUGAGACCGACAUGUUCACACAGUGUGAUCCUCAUGAAGUAGAACAACGUAUCAGAACUUCUGACAUGUUCACACAGUUUGAUCCCCCUGAAGUAGAACAACUCAUCAGCAAUUCCGACAAGUUCACACAAUGUGAACCACCUGAAGUAGAACUACCUAUCAGAACUGCCGACAUGUUCACACAGUUUGAUCCCCCUGAAGUAGAACAACUCAUCAGCAAUUCCGACAAGUUCACACAAUGUGAACCACCUGAAGUAGAACAACUUAUCAGAACUGCCGACAUGUUUACACAGUGUGAACCACCUGAAGUAGAACAACGUAUCAGAACUUCCGACAUGUUCACACAGUGUGAGACCGACAUGUUCACACAGUAUGAUCCCACUGAAGUAGAGCAAUUUAUCAGCAGUUCCAACAUGUUCACACAGUAUGAUCCCCCUGAAGUAGAACAAUUACUCUCAAUACAACCAAUGAUCACCGUACUUGUAUUCUGUCGUGUUGGAUUUAUUUUGUUAGUUCUCUAUGUAAUAUUGUCCUAUAUAAUAUCUUAA